GAGAAGCUGCUAAGUUCACCACCGUCACAGAGCAUUAAUCGAAUUCGACGUUCCUGACCUUGAAACCCUAGAUCACUGCGACUGAACUUUGUGAUUAGGGUUUUCUGUUUCCAUGCCAUCUCAAUCAUGUUUGUGUGCUUACUUAAAAGUGGAUAUCCCGGCUCCGACAUAAUACAGAUCAAACCCGAGUAUUCGGGAGUAAUAGACGAAACCCAGACGAUUACUGUAAACCAUCUGAAACCGACGGGAGUUAGCGCUACGAAAUUUCGCGACGAAAGUAUCGCCACCGGCCAGGACAUAGUCUUGAGGAUUUUCAAGAAUAAUCGCGAAACAGAAGCGACGCUCAAUCCAAGUCACUUGGUCGACUAUGUUGUAAUCGUUAUUAAACCAGAAAAAGGAAAAAUAGCUAUGUAUGGAAAAGUAGCAAGGAACGGCGACUUCCUUCGACGUAUUCCCGGGAUAGGCUCCCUACUGUCUAGGGAAUAUUCAUCGAGGCGUCUGGAACCGAUUCCGAUUCCGAUUCCGAUUCCUCAAGGCUAUCAGGUUGAGGGUCCAGAAUCUCCUGAAGAGAUGCUCACGGCAUCACAGAGAGUGAUUGAAGAGAGUGCUCCUGCUAUUGUUGAAGCAACGCAUGAUGCAGAAGAAGGUAUAAACAUCAUGCUUCUGAGGGAGGAGCAAGAUGCUGCUUAUCGAGCAGCACUUGAAGCUGAUCAAGCUAGGGAAUGCCAGAUUAAGGAAGAGCAAGAAAGGAUAGAAAGGGAAGCAGCUGAAGCUGAGGGGAAGCAAAAGGAGGAAGAAGAGGCUCAUGAGAGAGCUGCGCAUGAAGCAUAUUUAGCACGAAUGCAGCCAGAGAGAACCCUUUUACUGGUUGAUGAUCUUGAAAAAGGAUCUGAUGUAACUCAAGUUGCAGAUAGUGGGUAUCGGCUACCCCGAGUUAUUAUAGGCUCUUACACCGACUCUCUACACACAUCAGCUAACUACUUAAGCUACUGGUUUAAAGUCGAAUCCAAUUAUGUUCAGAACUAGACAUAAGGUUUGUUAAGAGGAAGAUGACACAUGAAGAAGAAGUGUCUAGUUCCUUGUGAAUGUCCACUAUAGUUGACAUUUGAAUGGACAUGAAUCUAAGAACUUGUUGGGAUGGAUCAAUUUAUAUCAUUUUCAAAUUUGGUUUGUGGAUCGUGUGACCCUCUUGUUGGGGAAUGGAUCAAAUUAUAUAAGUUUAGUUUCUGGAUAGAUAUCAUGUUACCCUGUUAGUAGGGCUUCGAUGCUUUUAGUUGUUUCAUUUGAAUGGACAUGAAUCUAAGAAACUUCCAGCAAUGUUUAACAUGUGGACAUUUUGUAUCAAUGGGAAUUGAUAUGGAACAUUUUGCAGACAUUCUAUAGUUUUGAGUA